AUGUCGCCUCGAGAUCGUCACGAACGCUCUUCCUCACGCUCCCACCGCCCUCGCCAUCGCUCACACAAUUCACCCGACAUGCGUCAAGCUUCGUCCGACGACCGCACUCUUCCCGUCCCAAACACAUACAGCGAACAUAAGAGAGGAGAAAAGGGAGGGAGGGGGAAAAUGUCGAAAUACAUCAAGCCUGCAGGCGAGAGUGGCCGAAGUGGCUUUCAUCCCAUUCACUUUUCCAAGAUCUCGUUCAGAUCCACGAGUCGAGCCAGUUUGCUGUGCAAUUUUCUGUGGCCUUUCGUCCCUGCUGCCAUUGCUGUUCGCUAUGCUAUGCCCGAUAAUCAUGUCACCAUCUUUGCAUUGGCCUAUAUCGCCAUGAUUCCUUGUGCCAACCUAAUUGGCUUCGCUGGUCAGGAGCUUUCACGAAAGCUACCUCAUGUUUGGGGUGUUCUCAUUGAGAUCACAAUUGGCUCUAUCGUCGAAAUCAUUCUUUUCAUGGUCCUUCUAUCCAAGAAUAUGUUUUACGUUAUCAAGGCUGCUAUUCUUGGUUCCAUCCUCGCUACUAUGCUUUUAUGCCUGGGCUUUUGCUUCUUUGUCGGUGGCAUGCUCGAAGACGAACAGGUUUUCAGUGAGGCUAUCAGCGAGGCCGGUAGCGGUUUGCUCCUGACUGCUGGUGUUGUCCUGGCUCUCCCUACGGUUUUCGAAUACGGCGUAGGCAACGGCGAGACGCUCACCAACCAGGAUCUCGAACACAAGACUCUUCAGAUUUCACGUAUCGUCUCGAUUCUGCUCAUCAUUGCCUACCUGGUCUAUGUCUUUUUCCAGGCCCGUACCCACCAUGGUAUCUACGACGCUGUCUUUGAGCAGGACGAGCACAAUGACCGAGACAAGCACAAGGACCAGGCCAAGGCCAAGCUAACUUUAACCGAAUGUAUUAUUGCUCUGGUGGUCGCCGUCGGCCUCGUUGCUUGGACUGCUGUUAUUCUCGUCAUGCAAAUCGAGUUUGUCAUCGAACGGGGACAUGUCAGCGAUGCGUUCAUGGGUCUCAUUCUUGUUCCCUUGGUCGAAAAGCUUGCCGAGCAUCUGACUGCCAUCGACGAAGCCUGGGAUAACCAGAUCAAUCUGGCCAUGUCCCACGUCCUUGGUGCUACACUUCAAACCGCCCUCUUCAACGCCCCUCUCACUGUCAUUGUCAGCUGGGGUCUCCACAAGACCCUUGAUCUCAACUUUGCCGUCUUCGAUCUUGUCAUGCUCAUUCUCGCUAUCCUCACCGUCGGACGAUUCCUUCAGGAUCAGAAGAGCAACUAUCUCGAAGGAUUCCUGCUUAUCAUUCUCUACGUCGCCAUUGCUAUUGCGGCAUGGUACUACCCUGACCCUGCUAACCAUGGAGCCGGCGGGGGUAGUGCUGAAGGCAGCUCUGAGGGAGGACAUUAA